GCGGCCAGCGGCCCCGCUCACUUAAGGCAGCGAGUCCCGCACAGCAGCUGCUUGCUCGGGUACGUGCCGCGCUGCCCAUCAUGUCCCUGAGGAGCAGCCUCUCGCGUCUCCUCCGGGCGCAAGUGCAUUCCGUGCCGAGGAAGUCCGUCCAUUCUGUGGCUGUCAUUGGAGCCCCAUUCUCACAGGGACAGAAAAGAAAAGGAGUGGAAUAUGGUCCUGCUGCUAUAAGAGAAGCGGGCUUGAUGAAAAGGCUUUCCAAUUUGGGCUGCCACCUUAAAGACUUCGGAGAUUUGAGUUUUACUCCAGUUCCCAAAGAUGAUCUCUACAACAAUCUGAUAGUGAAUCCUCGCUCAGUGGGCCUUGCCAACCAGGAACUAGCUGAGGUGGUCAGCAGAGCGGUGUCAGGUGGCUACAGCUGCGUCACAGUGGGAGGGGACCACAGCUUGGCAAUUGGUACCAUUAGUGGCCACGCCCGGCACUGCCCAGACCUUUGUGUAAUCUGGGUUGAUGCCCACGCUGACAUCAAUACACCCCUCACCACGUCAUCUGGAAAUCUCCAUGGACAGCCAGUUUCAUUUCUCCUCAGAGAACUACAGGACAAGGUACCACAACUCCCAGGAUUUUCCUGGAUCAAACCUUGUAUCUCUUCCCCAAGUAUUGUAUAUAUUGGGCUAAGAGACGUGGACCCUCCUGAACAUUUUAUUUUAAAGAAUUAUGAUAUUCAGUAUUUUUCCAUGAGAGACAUAGAUCGACUUGGUAUACAGAAGGUCAUGGAACAGACGUUCGAUCUGCUGAUUGGCAAAAGACAAAGGCCAAUCCACCUGAGUUUUGAUAUUGACGCAUUUGACCCUACACUGGCUCCAGCCACAGGAACCCCUGUUGUAGGGGGACUGACCUAUCGAGAAGGCAUGUAUGUUACUGAGGAAAUACACAAUACAGGGUUGCUCUCAGCACUGGAUCUUGUUGAAGUCAAUCCUCGGUUGGCCGCUUCAGAGGAAGAGGCCAAGGCUACAGCUGGCCUGGCAGUGGAUGUGAUUGCUUCAAGUUUUGGUCAGACAAGGGAGGGAGGGCACGUUGUCUAUGACCAACUUCCGACUCCCAGUUCACCAGAUGAAUCAGAAAGUGAAGAACGUGUAAGAAUUUAGGAAAUACUGUGUCCUGACAAUGUCACGAUGGGCAUUUCAGAGUUGUGAGGCAUUUGAGGUGACAGAUACUAAAUGGUGGUCUGUCUGGGUCAAUACUGCCUUAAUGAGAACAUUUGCGCAUUCUCACAAUUGUAAAGUUUCCUUCCCCUUCAUUUUGGUGACCAAUACUACUACUGUAAAUGUAUUUGGUUUUUUGAAGUUCACAAGGUAUUAAUAUGUUGGAUCACUAUGUAAAUUUACAGAAGUCAUAAACAGCAUUUAUUACCUUGGUA